CCGCCCUUUCCACGUCUGCAACGGGCCGCCCCUCUCGCCUCCCCGCCCAGGCUCCUUCCUGGAUGGCGCUGGAGGUCCUGGUGGCGGAGGCCCAUGGGACCCGUGAUGCUGCCCGCCUGGCUGCAGCCCAGGUAUAGGAAGACUGCCUAUCUUUUCAUCUAUUAUUUAAUCCAGUUCUGUGGCCACUCAUGGAUAUUUACAAAUAUGACAGUCAGAUUCUUUUCAUUUGGAAAAGAUUCAAUGGUUGACACUUUUUAUGCUAUUGGACUUGUCAUGCAACUUUGCCAAUCCAUUUCUCUCCUGGAGUUGCUGCACAUAUAUGUUGGCAUUGAAUCAAACCCUCUUUUCCCAAGGUUUUUGCAGCUUACAGAGAGAAUAGUCAUUCUUUUUGUGGUGAUCACCAGUCAAGAGGAAAUCCAAGAGAAAUAUGUGGUGUGUGUUUUAUUCAUCUUUUGGAAUCUGUUGGAUAUGGCUAGGUAUACUUACAGCAUGUUAUCAGUCAUAGGAACUUCCUAUGCUGUCUUGACAUGGCUCAGUCAAACACUGUGGAUGCCAAUCUAUCCUUUGUGUGUUCUUGCUGAAGCAUUUGCCAUCUAUCAGUCGCUGCCUUAUUUUGAAUCGUUCGGCACUUACUCCACCAAGCUGCCUUUUGACUUAUCCAUCUAUUUCCCUUAUGUGCUAAGGCUGUAUCUCAUGAUGCUCUUUAUAGGUAUGUAUUUUACCUACAGUCAUCUUUACUCAGAAAGAAGAGAUGUCCUUAGAGUCUUUUCCAUUAAGAAGAAGAAGAUAUGAAGGACAGCAUUCCAGUGUGACCUGAGAAGAGACAGGCUCAUGGACUUACUGCAACGAGUACAACCCAGGAAAACACCCAGUACUUGACAAAAACCCAUGACAUAACGUGAUUACACACCCCCAAAACUCUACACACAACAGCAGUCUGUUUAUCACUCACUGGAUUUCCAAAACAUGUACUCUGCAUACCCUAUUUCCUCAAAACUGUAGUUUUUAUACAAGUUACAUUUAUAUUAGGUGAAGUCUGAUUAUUUUACUGUAGGGUUGAUGAGAAAUAGGAGAUUAACUGGAGAUAAGUCCAAUUAAAUUGAGAAACCAAACUUGACAACCUAAAUUACAUUUAUUCCUUCUCACUUCUGAUUCCCAAAUAGCAGAUCUGUAGGAGGAAAGCACUCUAAAAUAUACUCUGUAGUUGUCUAGAAUAACAUACUUUAUGGACAAAUGUCUUUGUCCCCAGAGCUAAUAAUUCAAUACCCACCAGAUUAUUAGAUACACUUAGAAAAUUAAACAUCUUUCCAAGACCUAUGUUAGUCAUCUCAAGCUGCUAUAGCAAAGUCUCAUAAACUGGGUGGUUUUUAACAAAUGUUUUUCUCAUAGUUUAGAAGUCCAAGAUCAAGGUGCCAGUCAAUUCUGUUCCUUGUGAGGACUUCUUGGUUUAUAGAUAGAUGCCUUUAUACAAGACAGAUCAACUGUCUCGCAUCUCCUCUUAUAAGGGCACUAAUCCUAUUCAGGAGUGCUCCACCCUCAUCAAAGAACUGCUUCCCCAAGGCUCCACAUCCAGAUACUGUUGCAUUGAGGGUUAGGGCUUAAUUCAGGAAUUGGGGAAACAGAUUCCAUCUAUAGCAUUUUGCACCUGCCUUCACAACAUUUAUGUCCUCAUAAGCAAAAUUAUUCCUUCUAUCCCAAUAGACCCCAAUAACCUAACUCAUUCCUGCAAAGGCUAAAGUUUUAUCUAAGUAUCUAAAUGAGAGGAAAGUAAGAAGAUAUAAUUCAUCCUGAGGCAAUUUUUUUUUUCAAAUAAAUUACAUGCUUCCAAAAUGUAAUGGUAGGAUGGUCAUAAUAUAGACAUCCCCAUUUCAAAAGGGAGACACCAGUGGGAAGAAAGUAGCAUCCAGUCCCCAGUAGGUUCAAACCCUAGCAAGGCAAACUCCAUGUAAUCUGAAGGUUCAGGAAUGAUCUUUGGCUUCCUACUUUGCCUUCGGACCCACUGAGGCAGAUAUCUUAUCCCCAAGUCUCUGUUGGGGAAGGUCAGGUCCCCAUAUCUUUGGAUGGCUUCAGUCCUGUGGCUUGGCCUGUUCAAACCCUUUCUGAACCUAAGGAGACAAAUCUGAUGAUUUUUUAAAUCACCUUAAAGGUCGUUCUUUCCUGGUCUACAUUCACAGCUGAUGAACUCCAUGGUCUCCUGUAAAAUCCAAGUCAUCCAACAACCAGCCUUCCCUUCAUCCCAUCUCCAUUCCCUUCAGUUCAAACUAGCAGUGCUGGUGACUGAUUACGGCUAUAGAUCACACCCACAUUAAACUACUGAAUGGUCUCUACCACACCCUCAGUGUUCUCUUUAGAACAUAUUAUUUUUUGUAAUGUGGAUGGGCUCUGAAGUUUCAAAAUCUUUAAAUGUUGCUUCCUUUUUGGUUAAUAAUUCUGCCUUCAAUGAAUUUCUUUCAUUUUAAUACAGGAAGUCAGAAGGAAAACCAAGUCACUUCAACAGUUUGCUUAGAGAGCUCCUCACCUAAAUAUCCACUCCAUUGCCCACCGGUCUCACCUUCCACAAAACACUAGAACAUGGACACAAUUCAACCAAGUUCUUUGCCACUUUACAACAAAGAUCCCGUUUCUUCCAGCUUCCAAUAACAUGUUCCUCAUUUCCAUCUAACACCUCAUCCAAAAUGGUAUCUACCAUCCUUCUUUCUGUCAGUGUUCUCUUCAUGAUAAUUUAUGUAUUCUCCAAGAUUGCACUUUCUUUCCAGAUUUCUUCUAUUUUCACUUAGCCCUCAUCCAAAUCACCUGUGUCCAUUCCUAAAAGGUAUUACUAACUUUUCCUAUCAUGCACCUUGAAACUCUUUUAGCCUCUAUCCAUUACUUAAUUUCAAAGAUGCUUCUACAAUUUUAUAUGUUUGGUAUAGCAGCACCUGCUUCUUGGUAUAUAUUAGUCAGUUUUGCCUGCUGUAACAAAUUAUUGUAAACUGGGUGAUCAAGACAAUAGAACUAGGUUUCUCACAAUUCUGGAGGCUAAGAAGUUCAAUACCAAGGUGCCAUCUCAUUCAGUUCCUGGUGAGCUUCCAAGGUAACAACUGGUUGUUCUUUGGAGUUUGCAGAUGGAUGACUUCCUGCUGUAUCUCCAUGAGGUGGAGAAGGCAAGCAUCUCUCCCACGUCUCUCGUAAGCUGACUCAUCCCAUUCAUGAGAGCUCCACUCCCAUACCUACUUACUUCUAACAUGCCUCACCUCCAAAUACUAUCAUUCCAAUUAACUUCAAAAACGGUUAUUAAUGGCCUCUUAGUUACCAUGGAGCCAUUACAUUACAAAUAAAACAGACUAUUUUAGGUACUUGCAUGGAUCCCAACAUCUGUUCCAAAUAUACACUUUUUAAAUCAAGAGUCAGAAUGUUUGGAUACUUUUGAGAAACAUAACAUGGCUUUGACCCCACACAUUAAUUUGUUAGUAUAUCCCUGCAUGCUCUUUCUCUUGGCAACUUGUGUUUUCAAAAACUAACAGAAGAUGACUUGUAAGUUAAAUUUCCUUUUGUAUAUAGUUAGGAACAUCUGGUCUAAAAAAGCAGAGACUUCUGGUUUCUAGAGAGCAAACCAAAAUAUCUUGAGGGAAAAUUUAAUUCUUACCUGAGGUCAUAUAGGUAAUGAAGAGGAAGGGUCUUAUUAUUUCAGUGACCUGUAUCUUAGAAAGUUUAUAUUUUCAAAUUUAUAAUCUUUAGAGGCUCCCAUGAAUAAGAAAAUUCCAUGAAUUGUCUAUCCAAAUCUGCUCAAGACAAAAAAAGGGAGCUGGGGAAGAAAAGAGUGAGAGAUCUUAUUUUUUCCCUUCUGUACUCCUGUUUUCUUGUCAAGGUCAGGAGCAGGGAGGGAUGAGAUUUGAAAAGGAACUGAGCUGAAAUGAGAAGAGCAAUCAGAGUUUAGAAGUCUAGAUCAAUUCUUCCUCCAUUUUCAUGGCAUUAGCAGCCUCUGGCUGCCAGUUCAAAGGUAAAAAGUUCUUCAUUGUCCACUUCCUCUUCACUAUUCUUCCCUGCCAUCUAUAUUUGCAAUAUGAUCCAGAAAUCUAAAAUCCCACCCCUUUGUACCACAACUCCAAACUUUCCACUUCCAGAGGUCUGGCAGUAUAAGGCAGGGUUGUUUCUUCUGAGUGCACCAAUCUACAUUAAGCAUGAACAAGAUUUAAUCUUUGAUGGGAGUUUGCAUCUUGAAGUGGAAGCUGAUGAGCCUGAUGCAGCUGAAACAGUUUUGGAUCUUAGGUUCUAGGAACUUGGCUAGCAGUGAGACUUUCUCACCUCGUGGAUGUCUUUACUGCAUUUUAAAAUAGAAAACAAUACCUCCUUAUGGUACUGCUGCAAGAGUGAAAUAAACCAAUACAAGUGUACUCACAGUCUGGCACCUAACAGUAAAUGCUAGAUAAAUUUCAACCUGUAACGGUAGUAUGAAAAAGUAUAUGUGGGUGGGAAGGAGAGAAGCUGGCUCCCAAUGUAAAUUUUCUAUCUUCUUGUCUCUUCAAAUUUAUUUCCCUCUAGCCCGACCCCUAAGGAAAUAAUAGAUUUGGUAAACAAAACUAGUAGGGCUAUCUUCAACGUAGGUGGCAGGUACACUUGGUGACAACAUGAAAGUACAAGCCACAUGGAGUGCUGUGGAGCCCCAGGUGCUGUGCUAUGCCAUGGUAUGACAGCCACAAAGGCACAUUAUUUCAGGGGCAUACUUUUUCUUCUCAGUGAUCUCAUAGAUGUUUUGAUGUGUUUAGGAUUGCCUAGAGACAGAACCCUGAUUAAUGAUUGUGUGAAGGAAGGAUAGGUAGCAAACAACAAGCCAUUGAGUAAAAUGCAAUCAUUGAGUAUAUUGUCACAAACCUUCAUUUCCUUUAGACUACUAGUCACCCUAAGAACUCUACUUCUAAAAGGGUAUGAAUCUACAUCAUCUAGAACCAUAGAAACGAAACGAUGUACCCCAUUUGUGUACAAUAAAUCAAAAUCAGUCUGUAAUCAAUCAAUCAAUAAGAAGAAUUUUAAAAAAUUGUAAGAAAAGAUUAGAGGAGAUAUUUGCCAUUUUUUGCCUACCCAGCAUCCUGGAAAAAUCCAGGUUAGACAGUUUGGGUGGGCUGUCUCUUCUCUCUGUGGAGGGAUCUUAGGUGUGGACAUAUGACUUAGAUUUGGUCAAUGAGAGUGCCCUUCCUCCCAGGUCCCAGAUACUUGUUCAGAGACUCGCAUGUAACUCAAAAUGAAGCAGCUUCUCCUCAUGUUGUUUCUGCCACACCUGUGGGCAAAGACACCUUUCCUUGCCUUUGAGGUUGCUGGCAGCCACCUUGCCAGAGAUGUGGAAGGAUCCCAAGAAGAACAAAGUCUAAUGGCACCAUUUGAUUCACUGAGUGUAACUGCUUCUCAUCAGAUCUAAAAUUUCUUGGUUUGUGAACUAAUAUUCACCCUUUUGGCUGAAGCUAUUUUGAACUAGAUAAUUUCUGUAUGCAUUCAAGGGAACGAAGCAUAAGGAAAUGUAGCCAUCACUGCUAAUGAAUCUGAUUUAGUUAAUAUUCAGUGUCAAGCUUAUUAUUUAAAUGUGUAUAGCAGUUCCAAAAUAUUUUAUCAAUAGUAAUAAAACUUGUCUAAGUCAAUGAAUAUCUUCUUAGAUUUCAUGGAAAACAGAUCAUAACACUACUAUCACCACUAUAGUUUGCUUUGACUGACAACCUUCCCCUAUGUCUUAAGACAAAUAAAAGUCACAUGCACAAAGUUCACAAGAAUAUUUUACUAGAAUUGAGGGGAUAGAAGAAGGUAAAGUCAAGUUGUCACAAAGAAAAUCUUCACAUUGAAAUCCAGUCAAAUAAAGAAAACUCAUGUUCCUGUUUCAGUCUCGUCUGGGUAACAAAGUGAUGUACCCCUCCUCCUGGCAAUGAAUGUGUCAGGCUUCAGUUAUGUGGCCACUGUUUCACGACCCUUAACAUCAAGGAUCAAUGUCUCACCAAUCCCAGACAUGAAUUCUUAAUUCCUUCCAUUUCUAUGAUUUGUCUCAUCCAGCUGAGAAUGCUUCUGGUUGCUGCAAAACUGUUCACCAGCCAUAAGCUCUGGUCCAUACAGCUUUCUUUUUAAACUCUGGGAGGACUCUCAAGGACAGCAGGGUAGCUAAAAGGAAAUAACAAAAUAAACCAGUAUUUGGUGGAGCUGCAUUUGAAAAGGUCAUUUUGAUCAAAAAGGUAUCAGAACAGACCUUGGCUUUUUCUCACUGGGUUAAUUUUCAAGACUAAGAAUUCCCAUCAAGACCUGGCAAAACGUUAACGGUGGAAAAUGAUUUUAAGAUCGGGGGAAAAGUCAUUUUUGUUUGCUUUUGUUUU